UGGCUACCAAAUGCAAGAAAAAUCCAGAUCAAGCAAUAAAACUAUCCUUAGAAAAUCUAGCAAGUUCAUUCCAAAAUGAAUAACCUUGUGAUUAUCCUCAGUUUCUCUUUCUUGGUUUCUCUAUCUUAUGCUAUAGAAGUUGACUUUUGUGUAGCAGAUCCUAGUCUCCCAAGGGGGCCAGAAGGAUAUGCUUGUAGGGAUGCUGCUGAUCUUACAACUGAUGAUUUUGUUUACACUGGUUUCCGUGGUAGCAGAACGAUCACAAAUGUACCCGGAAAUAACGUAACUCUAGCAUUUGUUGAUCAAUUCCCAGCUUUGAAUGGCUUGGGUAUUUCAAUGGCAAGGUUAGACUUGGGUAUAAAUGGAGUUAUACCAGUGCACUCUCACCGAACAUCAGAAGUUAUUAUUGUAUCAAGAGGGUCAAUAAUUGCAGGAUUCAUCGACACAAACAACACUGCAUACUACAGAAGACUUGAAGGAGACGUCAUGAUUUUUCCACAAGCUAUGUUGCAUUUCCAAGUUAAUGUUGGUACAACCCACGCUACUGCAUUUGUUAGUUUGAAUGGCGCAAACCCAGCAAUUCAGUUCUCUAUGAACUCUUUAUUUGCUGGUAACUUACCUGGUGAUAUAGCUCAACAAAUUACUCUUCUAAGUAAUGAGGAAGUAAUGAGAAUGAAGAGGGCAUUCGGCACCGCAUAAAAUCCGAUUUUAAAGUAAACUUUUGUUCCUAGCUAGUGUGCUUAAUAACAAUACAAGGUGUGUGUAGCUUGUUUUCUUUCAUAUAUAUUUGUACUUGCAUGUGUAUAUAUACAAAAUUCACCUUGUUAUA